AUGAUCGAGGCCGCCUCUCUGGCCCAUCCACAUCUUAUCAUCUGUCCCUUCCUUACCUCCACAGUGCCUGAGGAAGUCUAUACCAAGUACAUGACUUUGGUCGUUCAUCCGGGCGCUCCUGGAGAUGGCGGUCCUAGUUCGCUCGACUUCCUCAUCAUGGGCGAGGAUGGAACAGACGAAAACCUCGAAAGAGUGAUGGCCAAGGAUCUCUGGUCUGAACACGGCCGAAGUCACUGGGGAGUGACGGUCUUGCAGGCCAUUGCAGAGUACGAUGCAGGCCCAGUGUGGGCAUGGGAGCAAUUCACUGUCGACAUUGACGACCAGACACUCACCAAGUCAAGUCUUUAUCGAGGGGACGUCACACGAGCUGCUCUAGUCGCAUGUGUGAUCGCUAUCGAGAGAAUACAACUUGCCGUUAGAGAGAUCACGGGCAUCGGAGCUGACGAAGUCGAAGACUGGAGUCGCAUCGUUCCUGGUCUGAAAGUUAAGGCCGAGUACAAGACUGCUUCCGCCACCACUGGCGAGGCAUUCCUUGGUGGACAUACUACCCCUCUUCCUUUACUGAAGGCCGCUCAAAGAGAUUUCGAUAUCAACCGCCAUAGCGCCCGGAUGAUUUCAAGACUCAUCAGGGCUUCGGAUUCGCAGCCAGGCUGUCUCACAAAGAUGUUUACUCCAAACCUAUACAUCUAUGGAGGUCUGAUUGAGGACGGCGAACAUAUAUCCACUAUCGACGCUAAACCGGGCACAUUCAUUGGCGUUCGUAGCGAUGCUGUAUGCUUCAAGACAAUGGAUGGCAAGGGAAUAUGGGUCACCCAUGGCCGGCGGGUCAAGAAGAAGACAGAUCCUACGCUCUGGCCGAAGGUACCUGCCAUGCCUCUGUUCGCGGAGAUUGGCCUUAUAGAUGCCGGGAACCUACCCCAACUUCUUCCUUCUCUGCCAACGAACUUUGCCAGAUUCGAUUACCCAACGUUCCAAGAAAUUCUCAUCGAAUACGAUGAGCUGGCGACAGGUCAGCGGGUCGCUUACCUGACUUUCGAUUUCUACAAUGGCGCAAUGAGUACGAACCAGUGCCGUCAGAUGUGUGCUGCUUUGCGAAGCAUUUUGGACAUGCAUACAUGUUCUACCCCGUUGUCGGCAGUGGUCCUGCUCGGAGGUGCCUACUUCUCCAACGGCAUACAUCUCAAUGUGAUCGAGAACGACACAGAUCCAGCAUUCGAAUCCUGGGCCAACAUCAACGCCAUGGACGAUGUGGUUCUGCUUAUUCUGAAAGACUUUGCUACUCGCGGAAUAUCCACCGUCGCUGCGCUUCGAGGCAAUGCUGCCGCUGGGGGUGUGGCACUUGCUGCUGCCGCUGAUCUUGUGCUUGCCGGUGAGCAUGUAGUGAUGAACCCUGCCUAUCGCACCUUGGGACUGUUCGGUAGCGAAUAUCACACCAUCACCUACAAUGGCAGAGUAGGUCGCGAUUCCGGCCGCCACCUUCUGCGCGACAUGCUGCCAGUGUCAGCGCAACAAGCGAGAGACAUCGGUCUUGUCGACGUGGUCUUGCCAGGCUAUGGAGAAUCUCUCGACGCAGCCAUUCACACUCAUGUCAGCGAGCUCGUCUCCAGCAAUCAAAGGCCUGGCCACUGGAAACGCAAACUUGACCUCAGUCCUGACGCCCUCGCCCUCGCCCGCAUGAACGAACUUGGCGAGAUGGCAAAAGACUUUUGGUCUGCGCGGUCACUCCGCUACCACUCGCGCCGUCGCGACUUCGUCCGCAAGGUCAAGGCUUCCAAAACACCAUUGCGUUUCGCGCAACAUAGACGCAAGGUUGGAGAAUUGGAUGAAGAGGAAAGUGACAGCUUCGACUUGAUAGAGACAUUUGCGAUGUUGUUGAGGAAGACGCAGGAACAGGCAUUGCAGCAGACGAUUGAGCAGUUGAAGAUGCAGGUUAGGAGGGCUAGUACACCUGCCACUGUUAGCGAGAUGGACAAGCGGCAGUUGGAGUUGAUGUUUUCGUGUUAUUAUAACCCUUAA